AUUGCCCGACACCAGCAAGAAAUUCACAGAAAAUCCCAGAAAUUCACAAAAGUUGUGUUUAAUUAUGAGGAAUCCAUCUAUCUAAUUUUUUCUACAACAACUGCAGUGGUUCAAGGUGGGCAAGAGAUCCCGUCUUAUUUUGCAUAUCUUAAAUUACCAUAGUAUUCGGAUUUGUGCUCCAUUUUUGCCUUCGAUCUUCAUGUAUUUCGCGCAAUAAUCCUCGAAAAUGUGUGGUACCCUGACGACAGUGCAGACGAGGCCAGACCCCGAUUCCUCCGACAACCGAGGAGCAAAAAUGAGUAAUGGAGUGUUCACUUUUUCUGCUGAUACGUUGAGAAACUGCAAAACAAACUGUCCUCCGACCACGCUUUUUGUUUUUGUCAGCAUGUUAACAAAUGCUAAUGGUUCUUCCGAGUAAAUUUUCAGCAGCUCCACCACUCUAGUAUCCAUGAAAUGUGAAACUUAUCCACCAAUAAUAAACGCACAAUAUCCACCAAUACCGAACAAACAGUAUCCAACAGUAACAAAGACACAAUUUCCAGUAGUGGUGAACAAACAGUAUGCACCAGGAAUGGAUACAGUAAUUGGCCCGCUGGUGGCAACACAAAGAGGCGGCGUGGGACAGAUGUUCCUGCAUGGCAGUGGCGACGAUGAAGUAGAUGGAGGAGGCGUCAUGAUGACAGAGAAUCGGGGAGCAGGUACUUUGGUAGACAUGGGAGCUGAGUGGGGGGGAUGUUGCACGGAUUUACAGGAAACAAUCAUUUCAGGGGGGCGUGUUUUUGAAAUUACGGGGAGCGUUAGUACGGAUGGGGUGAUGAAGACAUUUAAAUGUUGUUAUGAGCAGGUUUAUAUGAAUGUAACGUCAACGCUCCAAGCAGGAGGAAAAAGAGAAUUCAACAUUGUGUGGAAUGUUUGCGUUCAUUUGCGGGAGGGACAAGAUUUCGAAAAAGAACAUUUGUUUUUGAAAGGAUACACGCAGUGGCUACUGCAGGCCAGAGUGGUAAUGAGUGUGGUCAUGGUAGGUAGCAACAGAAAGGUGGGAGUAAUAAGCGGUGUGUAGAAAUAAGAUGAUACAAAUAGGACGAAAAUGACUGUGGCAAUGAGUGUGGUCAUGGCGAGUGCAUGAAAACAACAACGUAGGAGUCAGACAUAGCAGUAGUAAGCAGCGUGUAUGUAGGUAAGCGCUAGUUUGAUCGGGACAUUCAGC